GACAAAAGGUCAGCCAACAUGAAGAUCUCCUUCGGAAUACUGGCUGUUCUGGCUGCUUUGAUGGCGACGACGUACGCUGCUUCCGAUGCCCAGUCCGCUCUGGAGAUGGCGCAGGAUUACCCAAAGUGUACAGUGACUCGCCUGUCUCAAAAGCUCAUUCCCGAGUCCGCAUGUACAAUGACUGAUGUCAAUUGUCUAUGUACCAAUGUCCCACUGAAUACCAAAUUGACAAUGUGCGUCUUGGAGACGUGCACUACGUUCGAAGGAUUGANNGUGAGUGGCCACAUUUAUGCACCAUGUAUCUUGGAUCAACUUGUUGACUUUUCCAUCUCAGCAACGAAGAAUGUCUCUUCCAAAAUGUGCGGUGCGCCAGUAAGAGAUCAGUCUCUGAAGCCACUUCUCAUCGGAGUCAUUGGCGGUGCUAUCGCUCUCGUGAUAUUCGUUUUGAGACUCUGCUCUGUACUGCCAGCUGCUGGGCGUCAUAUGGGGAUGGAUGAUUAUGCCAUCUGUGUCGCUGUCGCUCUCGGUACACCUCCGACGAACGGUCUUGGAAAAGACAUGUGGACACUUCCACUGGCCAAUAUUGAGAAUGUUCUUUUCAUUUUCUAUUUUGCCUCAAUCACCGCAACUAAGAUCUCGAUCCUUGCAUUCUUCCUCCGUGUCUUCCCCAGAAAGAGCAUGCGCCAGAUCGUCUACGUCGUUAUGGGAAUCUGCGUCGCAUAUGGUCUCUCUUUCGUUCUGGCUACCACGUUCCAAUGCAGUCCGGUUUCAUACUCGUGGAAGCAACUCGAUGACAAUUACGCAGGCUCAUGCAAUAAUAUCCACAUUCAGGGGUGGAUGAGUGCAAUUUUCAACAUUGUCAUCGACAUCAUCAUUCUCGUGCUUCCUCUGAAGGAGCUCUACGCAUUGAACACCAGCUUGAAGAAGAAGCUUAUGGUCAUGAUCAUGUUCUCACUUGGUAUCUUCGUUGUUCGACUGCAUUCUUUGAUCGUGUUUGCAAACACUCAAAACGUCACGUGGGACUACAACGACGCGGCUUGGUGGAGUACCGUCGAAAUCCAUGUUGGCAUCGUCUGCGCAUGUCUACCUUCAGUCCGUGCUCUUUUCGUAUCCCUCGGCGCGUCUUCCCUCGGUACCACCAGACACAACUCCAGACCAACUGGCCGUCAGGCCUCGAACAAUUCGGGAUUUACCAGUAGCUCACUGGGAGGGAGCAAAAUCGGUGCGUUGGUCAAGGAGAAGCCAGCCUCCGUGCCGAAACAUGGAGACGAGGAGGAUUUUAUUCCUCUGGUAGACAUGGCCAGCAACAAAGGCUGA